AUGCCAGAGAAUGCUAAAUAUAUACAACCCCGUAAUGCCUCGGAAUUUCGAUACCAUGCCUCUACAGAGACAGGCCGUUACGACACAAAGGCUCAUGUCAACCUCAAUCAUAACCUAAGUGCCAAGAUAUCAAACCCAUUAGCCGGUAUCCCCAAAGAACUUCUCCUCGACGAAGUUACUAGGUUUUCUGAAUGGCACGGUUUAUGCGAAUACGUUCCGCUCAUGCGCAAGGGGGCCCUCGUUGCCCAAGAUCCUGCCAAUUUCGAAGACAUCGAGGGCCCCGAAGCACUUUGCGUGGAUGAGAAAGAGGCAUUGAGAACAGAGGCAGCACAUAAAUGGAGGAUCCCUCGGCUUCUUUACUUGACGAUAAUCACCUGUUCGAUCGGGGCAGCUGUUCAAGGAUGGGACCAGGAAGGAAGCAACGGAGCGAACCUAACAUUUCCCCAGCAAUUCGGCAUCAGCGGGAAUGCGGAUCGUGAUGUGCUCCUAGUUGGUCUCAUCAACUCAGCCCCUUAUAUCGGAUCGGCUCUCAUCGGGUGCUGGCUUUCGGAUCCGCUGAAUAAUCUCUUUGGCCGAAGAGGGACAAUUUUUAUAUCAGCGAUAUUUUGCCUAGUUACCCCUAUCAGUGGGGCUUUAAGUACAACAUGGAAACAGCUCUUCAUGUCAAGAAUACUUCUCGGUGUCGGUAUGGGUAUCAAGGCUUCAACCGUACCUAUAUUUGCAGCCGAGAAUAGCCCAGCUUCAAUCCGUGGUGCUUUGGUGAUGUCGUGGCAGCUAUGGACGGCCUUUGGUAUAUUGCUCGGAUGUUCCGCCAAUUUAGCAGUCGGCCAACUUGGUGAACUCUCCUGGCGACUCCAAAUUGGCUCAGCUUUCAUCCCGGCAGUUCCACUUACGCUUCUUAUUCUGUUUUGCCCAGAGUCGCCGCGUUGGUAUGUGAAGAAAGGAAAAUACAAAAAAGCUAUGAAGACGCUCUUGCUCCUACGCAACCAUCCCAUACAAGCAGCCCGCGAUCUAUAUGCUAUUCAAGCCCAAGUUGAGAUUGAGAACAGGGCUGCCAGCGAAUCGACUUACUUCAAGCGGCUUAUACAACUAUUUACAAUUCCUCGCGUCAGAAGAGCGACUCUAGCCUCAUUCGCGGUUAUGAUAGGGCAGCAGAUGUGUGGCAUCAAUAUCAUAGCCUUCUAUUCGUCUACUGUCUUCAAGGAGGCUGGAACUUCCGAAUUUAAUGCCUUACUUGCGUCGUGGGGGUUCGGUCUAGUCAAUUUCAUCUUCGCUUGGCCGGCUAUCUGGACAAUUGACACCUUCGGUCGGCGUUCGCUGCUUUUGUUCACGUUUCCCAACAUGGCAUGGUCGCUAUUAGCUGCCGGUCUCUGCACGCUCAUCCCGAAGACCUCCGGAGCCCACGUGAGCCUAGUAGCAUUGUUCGUCUACAUAUUCGCAAUAUUCUAUUCGCCCGGCGAAGGUCCCGUGCCAUUUACCUACAGCGCGGAGGCGGCAGUCUUGUCAAUCACAUUCCCAAAGAUCCUCGCAGCUACGGGUGUUUUGGGCGCAUUUUGCCUAUACGCAGGGUUCAACGUCGCAGCUUUCAUUAUGAUCUUCCUGUGGAUGCCCGAGACGAAGCAGCGUACCCUCGAAGAACUCGACUAUGUCUUUGCCGUACCUACAAGUGUCUUCAUCAAGUACAAUUCCACGAAGGCAGUUCCAUGGUGGUUUAAGCGUUAUAUUUUGUGGCGACGUGAUGCUACCCUUGAGCCCCUAUACCAUUUCGAUAGAGUUAACGAUACCAUUGCCGAUCCGCCAAGUAUCGCAACACAGGAUGAACCAGUGACAGCUAGCGAAACGGGGGCCACUAUUAAUACUAGAGAGUCCAUCGUGGCCACGGAAACACAAAGCUUCGCUACAGCCACCGGCGCCGAUACUAUUACUGUGUUUUCUCAAGCUGAUAGAGAAGCAGUGGCUCUUCGUCGCUAUUCUUGGCACGGCCCUGGUCCUCGUAGACAUACCGUUACUGACGAAACAUAUUUCGUCUAG